CUCAAGGCCUGGUUGCCUAGUGGUCCUGUUCGCACCGCGCUUUUCAGGAACUUUUUGGCAACGGUGCGCUUCGGCCACAUGUGGGCGCUUCUCUCUUCCAGAGAGGACUACCCGACUAAUCAGCCCGACGUCCCGCAGUUGCCAACUUCGCUGGUGAGCCCCGUCGAAGCGGCCUGCGACUCCGACGACGCUUCCUCGGAAAACCCCAAGCGUUUGUCGGAGGCGACGCGCUUGGCUCAGGGUCCGUCCACCUGCGCGCCCGGGGCCCCAAGUGCGUCGCAGACAGUCUGGACGACUCCACCAAGUACGCCGCGUGUGCGCUCUGGGGUGCCUGCAGCGCCGCCGUCUCUGCAAUUCGGAGAGCACCGUGCAGAGCCCUUGCUUUCGGCCCUCGAGCGAAACUGCACGAAGCAAGUGCGCCUCGCCAUCGAGGCAGACCCCGAAGCAGCCAAGGAGCCGUUCUGGGACAGCCGCUUCGAAUGGCCGCUCUGCGCCGCGAUCCGGCUCAGGUGCAGCGUGGAGGUGGUCCGGCUGCUGAUCGAGAACGGCGCGGAGGUCGGCGUGGCGAGCGUCGGCGGGCAGUCUCCUCUCCAGCUGCUCAGCACGGGGACGGAGGAUCACUUCAUUGACUUGAGGGGAAUGCCGAACACUCCGCUGGGCGCCGCCGAGUGGAUCGAGAGUAUGCGCCAGUCCACCGCGCAGUUCGAGCUUGGCGUGGCCACAGCACUGCUGAAUGCGGGCGCAGAUCCAGCGGCGCACCACGGCGACCCUCGGAUGGGAAAUUGCUCGAGUCUGGAGCUUGCACGGCGCUCCGGGAAGUAUCAUUUAACAGAUCUGUACGAAGCCCAUUCCCGUUGCUGAUUGUCUUACCCAAGCCAGGCCAUCGCGGGAGCGUGGCGCCCUCGAGCUUGCCUCAAUGGGGCCCUGGAGGUGAUGUGCGGUAUCGACUGCCCAGGCCCAGGCCUUCGGACCCGACAUGGAACCGCUUGCCUACAGUUGCUGCAGCUUGUGCCAGGUUGGGUUGCUGGGCCAUGCAUGUCUUCCGCACCCGGCUGCAUGUUUUUGCAUUUCGCCUCUUGCUCGGGUGCCGAGUCGAUCGACGGAGACGUCCCCUCCUCUCGCAUCAGUCACUUCUGGACCGUGCAUGUCUUCUACACCAUGCUCGGCCUCGAUGCCCUUCUGCGCCAUGCAUGUCUUCGCACCAGCUGUAUGUCUUUGUAAUUCGCCUCUUGGUCGGGUGUCGAGUCGAGCGGCGGACUCGUCCCCUCCUCGGGCAAUUACUUCUGCGCCGUGCAUGUCUUCUACACCAUGCUCGGCCUCGAUACCCUUCUGCGCCAUGCAUGUCUUCGCACUAGCUGCAUGUCUUUGUGUUUCGCUUCUUGGCCGGGUGUGAGUCGAGCGGCGGACUCGUCACCUCCUCGGGCAAUCACUUCUGCGACAUGCAUGUCCUCUACAUUUACCUUGGCGACCGCCGUGCGGAGCGUACACCACUCCAGGCGGCUCUUAGGUCUGUGGAUUUUCCCAGAGUCAGGAUGAUCGCGGCUUGUAGUUUGUAGGGUGAGUGAGUUGCGACCACGGAUGUCCACUGCUUGGCCAGAGGGUAGUUAGACUGCGGUUCGCGAUGCGGAACUUGGUUGCUUCAUGCUUUGGAGUUCGCCCCAGACUGCAGAACUUCGAUUCUGAAGACGAUUAGGGGAACACGGCAUUCCCUCAUAAUUUAACGCAGUGGCAUGGACCUUCCCUUCUCAGCUCGAUGCCUUCCUCCCAUCAUGCUCUCACAUCUUCCCUCAUUUACACUUUUUAAUAAAUACUCGCUCGGUGCCGUCCCGGGUCGCUAGAUUGCGGUAAGUGUAUUCUUGCAUUUUACUUCGCAUGGGCGAACAACGUUUUCGGGUUGUUGGUUGAGGCCUCC